AUGGCUAUCCUUGAUCCAAACAAUGAUUUUGGAGUUGAAUCAAGUGAUUUAACCCACGUCGCCGCUACUAACCCCGGAGUCAAUCCAAGCUGCUCAUUUUACAUGCAUCCAUCGGAUAAUCCUGGUGCGAUGUUGGUGACAGCUCCGUUCAACGGCGUCGGAUACCGAUCUUGGAGAAGGAGCGUCCUCAGAGCUCUUUCAGUCAAAAAUAAAGUAGGAUUCAUCACUGGUGAGUACAAGCCACCAGAUCUGGAUUCUUCACAAUUUCGUCAGUGGGAAAGUGUCGAGUACGCUAACAAUGCUUUUGAACUUUGGAGGGAAUUGGAAGAUAGGUACUACCAGAGUAAUGGCACUAAGUUGUAUCAAAUCCAAAAGGAAAUCAACGAUUCAGCUCAGGGAGUCCUGGAUGUUACCGGAUAUAAUACGAAAAUGAAGAAGCUCUGGGAGGAAUUAAGCAUGAUAAAUGCUAAGUCACAAU